UGAUGUCAGAUUGAGGUGUAAACAAAGAUGCUGUCAGCGAAAUGUUUAUUUUAUUUAUAUAAUUAAAAAGUCUAGGAUAACAAGGUUUUAUUCUCUAUAUGGAAAUCAUAGAAAAGCAUUUAUUUUAGUGUUUCAUACACACAAAUGGUUAUCUUUUAGUUGUAUGCCAAGGUGGGCAACAUAUGCUAAAUGAGUAAAACGAUACAUAUUUGAGCGGAUAAUUGAUGAAUAAUGGAAACAAAUAACGGUACACUCAUACUAUACAGUGAUCACAAUCGCAUAUUCAGUGACAUCAAUAAAUGCUGGAACAUUGAAGAUUAGCACCUAGUCCACCAGGAAGAAGUGAAAUCUGCAAAGACAGAGUUUAUUUAAGGACAGUGAAAACAUGAGAGAUGAAACACACUCAAGAACAAACAGACCUGAUGGAAGUGAAAGAAGAAAGUGAAGAACUGCAUGUUGAGGAGAAACAUAACUUAAUACCAGGCGAAAAGUCAUCUAAGAAUUAUAAUAAAUCACAAAAAAGAACAAGAACCAAAAAUGUUUUCUUCUGCCCUCAGUGUGCAAAGAGUUUCACACAAAAAAUCGGCCUUGAGCGCCACAUGCUAAUUCAUACCGGCGAGAAGCCCUUCACUUGCUCUCAAUGCGGAAAGAGUUUCAGGUGUAAAAGGAACCUCAUGGAUCACAUAAGAGUUCAUACCGGAGAGAAACCGUUCACGUGCGAGCAAUGUGGCAAGAGUUUCGCAUACAAAACAGGCCUGAACAGGCACAUCAGGAUUCACACUGGAGAGAAACCGUUCAUGUGUCCUCAAUGUGGAAGAGGUUUUGCACUUUCAGGAGCCAUUCGGAGGCACAUCAAAAUCCACAGCGGAGAAAAGCCGCAUACGUGCGAUCACUGCGGAAAGAGUUUUACCUAUAAAGAAAACCUUAAGGAGCACAUGAGGAUCCACACCGGAGAGAGACCGUACGUUUGUGUCCAGUGUGGAAAGAGCUUCACACAUGUCAGCAGUCUGAAAGAACAUCUUCACACUCACUCUACUACCAGGUCGUUUAACUGCGACCAAUGCGGUAAAACUUUUCUUUCGUCAUCCAUACUGAAAAGACACUUGCAAGUUCAUGUGCAGGAGAAGCCGUACAUGUGUUCUCUGUGUGGAAAGAGUUUUGCACGACUGGAUGGUUUUAAAGAGCAUCAGAAGAUGCACACUGGUGUGAGAACUCACGUGUGUUUUGAGUGUGGGAAUGGAUUUAUAUCAGUCACGCACUUGAAAAUACAUCAGAGGAUCCACACCGGAGAGAAACCUUUUAAGUGUUCGCACUGCGACAAGAGAUUCUCACGCUCAGGAACCUUGAAAGUGCACGAGAGGAUUCACACCGGAGAGAAACCAUAUCACUGCACUGUGUGUGGGAAGAGAUUCAACCAAUCAAAUCAGCUGCUGAGUCAUAAGAAGAAACAUCACUCUUUGCUGUCGCAAUAAGCUUUUUAUCUUCAGAAACCAGGACUUUCUGAAAGAUGUGUGUGUGUGUGUGUGUGUGUCUGUGUAGAAAACAAAAGUUUUGGGGUCAGUAAUUAGUUUACUUGAAAGAAAGUAAUAUUAAGAAAUAUUAAGCAACAACUCAGCAUCUAUUUGAAAUUGAAAUAACAUUUGACAAUAUUCCUGUUUUUACUGUACUUUCAUCAAAUAAAGGCUGACUUUGUAAGCAUAAGAAACUUGUUUUUCAAUAUCUGACAAAUGUAAUCAUGUUUUGUAUGCUUUUUAACAAAAAACAAACAUGUUAUCAAGGGUGUAGUUUUGAUUUUGGCAUUGGUGGUGACGUAACGGCGGACAACAGGCAUUUAAUUGUUUGAUCAAAGUUAUUGCUACAGGCAACUUAAUAGUGUCUAGAUAUUGGUAGCGACAUGUCAGUGUCUUCUACACCCUUAAUCAUAACAAGUGAUGUCUGUCUUUGAAAACUAUAUUUUUUUCAUUAAAUAUGAGGUCAAACAACAGAUUCAUCCAAAUUUCACAAAAAGAUUAUGGACAUAAUUAUAAUAUAAGGCAGACAUUGAAGUGAGUUGCUUUUUUGUUACUCUUUCAGAUUAAUUCACCUGUCAUUCACACAAUUCAUGAAUAAAAAAUUACUGGCUUUAAACCUCUCUUUUCUUUAUUCAGAGUUGAUCUAGACAAGUAAAUGGAAACUAUCCAAACUCCUGUUAAUCGUAAAGCAGUGAAAACAUCUCUUUAUUCCUUGUAUGUGUUAUCUUAAGGUGUAAAUGUAUUCCCUUUUUAAAUUAAUUAAUUUAUUUUGUUGUUGUUAACCUGGAAACACAACCACAAAUUAAGAAUGUUAUCAU